AACAUGCCUGAACCCGCCAAGUCCGCGCCCAAGAAGGGCUCCAAGAAAGCCGUGACCAAGACCGCCGGGAAAGGCGGCAAGAAGAGGAGAAAGAGCAGGAAGGAGAGCUACGCCAUCUACGUGUACAAGGUGCUGAAGCAGGUCCACCCCGACACCGGCAUCUCCUCCAAGGCCAUGGGCAUCAUGAACUCGUUCGUCAACGACAUCUUUGAGCGCAUCGCCUCUGAAGCGUCACGUCUGGCUCACUACAACAAACGCUCCACCAUCACCUCCAGGGAGAUCCAGACCGCCGUGCGCCUCCUGCUGCCCGGGGAGCUGGCCAAGCACGCCGUGUCCGAGGGAACCAAGGCCGUCACCAAGUACACCAGCUCCAAGUAGACCAACACCCAAUACAAACCAACGGCUCUUUUCAGAGCCA